AUGCUCUUCUCCAAACCUCCACUAACCCUUCUAACCCUCCUCCUCACAACCGCCGACUUAACCCUCUCUACCUCCUCCCCAAGCCCCUCCCAACUCUCCAACCGUUCCAAGAAGUUCUCAAUAGGCAUAGUCCUCUUUCCCGGCUUCGAACCCCUCGACGUCAUCGGUCCCUUCGAAAUCCUCCAAUCCGUCUCAGCCUACUACCCCCAAACAAUCUCCUUCAUAGCCUCCCAAACCGGUCCCAUAACCUCCCGCUGCCCACCGCACGUCAUGGUCCCCGGCCAACCCCCCGUAAACCUCGACCAUCUAAUCUCCGUCUCCCUAACCGCAACACAUACAUUCGCCACAGCACCACCGCUCGACAUCCUCCUCAUCCCCGGAGGAAUGGGAAACAUGGUAUUAGUAGAAAACAACGAUACAUCGAUAGAAUCAUUCAUCAACUCACGUUACAAAUCACUUUCUUAUCUAUUAAGCGUAUGCACCGGUAGUGUUUCCCUAGCCAGAAGUGGGGUGUUGAAGAAUAAGAAAGCUACUACGAAUAAAAGCUUUUGGGGGUGGGUUACACAGUUUGGAAAUAAUGUUAAGUGGGUCCCCGCGGCGAGGUGGACGCAGGAUGGGAAGAUUUGGACGAGUUCUGGGGUGGCCGCGGGGAUGGAUAUGACUUAUGCGUUUUUGAGUAAAGUGUACGGGAGGGUUGGGGUGGUGGAUAAUGUUAUGAAUGCUAUUGAGUAUGCCCCGCAUACGGAUCCUAAGUGGGAUCCCUUUUCGGUGGUGUGGGAUGUCCCCGGCGCAGACCCCAAAAGAUCUUUGGAGAGCUGUGUUAAACCCGUUGGGUUUUAG